CUACAGGUACAGAAUUGAGGCCUGGCAUGGAGAUCACACUGUGAGUGCUGGGUGGCUUCCAGGGUGUGCACGGGGCUGGGGCCACACAGGUAGGGCAGAGAGAGUCUCCUGCAGAGACCUGAACUGGGCCAAGACCUCCAGCCUUGAAGGCCAAACCACACAUACACGCUGGCUUCCAGGAAGGCGACAACAUGGAGACAGAGACAGGGGCAGAGGAGGACACGGAAGGUCUGCAAGCUGUGGGGAACGCUGUUCAUUUCCUGGAAUCCGCCAGCUCAGGCUGGGCCAAGAGGCACCAGUUCCUGGGAUCCUGCCCGUGGGCCUUGAUGGUGCUCCUAACGGACGUCUGGCCAAACUGAGGAGCCUCUUGGAAGCCAAGGCAUCUGGGGCCCAGAUGGAAAACAACUCUCUCAGCUACGAGUUCGAGUACAGGGAUUAUGUGGACCUUCCAGAUGUGCCCGUGGACUGCCCAGGCGCCGCCUGCCUGGCCAAUGACGCCUUCCAUGUGGCCCCGCUGCUGAUCUACGCUGCCAUCUUCCUGGUGGGGGUGCCGGGCAACAUCAUGGUGGCCUGGGUGUCAGGGAAGUGGACCGGCCGCAGGGUCAGGGCCACCUGGUUCCUGCACCUGGCAGUGGCUGACUUACUGUGCUGUCUGUCGGGGCUGCUCCUGGCGGUGCCCCUGGCACGCCGGGGCCACUGGCCAUUCGGGGCACUGGGCUGUCGCCUGCUGCCCGCAGCCGUGCUGCUGUCCAUGUUCGCCCGCGUGCUGCUGCUGGCGGCCCUCAGUGCAGACCUCUGUCUGCUGGUGCGCGGCUGUGCCGGCUGGGCCGGGGCCCCGAGGGCUCGCAGGGCGUGGGUGGCCCGGGGAGUGGCCUGGGCAGCGGCCCUGCUGCUCACGGUGCCCUCAGCCCUGUACCGCCGCCUGCACCAGGAGCACUUCCCGGCCCGGCUGGAGUGCGUCGUGGACUAUGGCGGCUCCGCCACCGUGGAGGGUGUGGUGACGGCCAUGCGGUUCAUCUGUGGCUUCCUGGGGCCACUGGUGCUCGUGGCCGGCUGCCACGGCGUCCUGCUGUGCCGAGCGGCCCCGCGUCACUGGCCGCUGGGCACGACCGUCGUGGUGGCCUUCUUUGUGUGCUGGGCUCCCUACCACCUGCUGGGGCUGGUGCUGGCUGCAGCCGCCCCCCACUCGGCGCUCCUGGCCCGGGCCCUGCGUGCUGAGCCCUGGGUCGUGGGCCUGGCCCUUGCUCACAGCUGCCUCAACCCCUUCCUCUUCCUGUAUUUUGGACGGGCUCGACUCCGCCAGUCGCUGCCAGCUGCAUGUCACUGGGCCCUGCGAGAGUCCCAGGACCAGGAGGACAGCGUGGUCAGAAAGAUGUCCACCAGUCAGGAACUGGUGUUGGAGAUGGAGGUGUAGAAAAGGAGGACACCGGCUGGUCAUCUCCUAGCACAUCUCACACAGUUGGCACCAGGUAGAGCUGGAUCCAGGGGCUCAUCAAUGUCUUCAUUUCAUUCAUUUGUUCAUUUAGUCAAUCAACAAACAUUCUUUAUGUGCUUGCUGUGUGCAAGGCCCUGAUAGAGGUGCUGUGGUACAGCAGUGAGCAAAACACACACAGGUGCUGACAUUCUGCUGGAGAAAAAUGGACAAGUAAUGUGGAUAGAAUGUGGACUAAGCCCAGAGUGAUCAGUGCUGCAAUAUCUGAAGCAGACAAAGAGGCAUGGGUGUGGCAGAAUAAGUCAGCCCCACAAUGAUCCUCAAAUGAAGUAAAAAUGGAGCUGAAACCUGAAGAAGAGAGAGAGGAGUCACAUUUACAUCUGGGGCAAAGUUGUUCCAAGCAGCAGAAAUAGCAUGUGCAAAGGCCCUGGGACAGGCUGGGUGUAGCCCUGGUGUACAGCUCUUGCCUAGCAUGUCUUCUGAAACACUGGAGACAAACUUAUACUCAAACAUUCUGUGUUGUUUAUCUGAAUCUUAAAUUUACUGA